CGAUUUGAAUAUACGAACUUUGUAAAGUUAUCUUAUACUGUACAUCUGUUAUACUGUGAUUUCAGCUUUUCUAUAACAUUCAUGUAAUUACAUUAUACACACUACAUAUGGAACAUAGCACUAGCAUACGGAAUUCUGUUUUACGACCUUAUACGACGAAACUAUCGUUAUAAAUUUAGAAACAAACUUCAAACCACGACUGAUCAUUUGCAAAAAUGGCUUCAGGCUAUGAGAGGACAAAAAAGAAAACAACCAAGUUAAAUCCACAGGAUAACUACAGGGAAUACCCUUCGUGUGACAUCACCAUACCUCUGAUCAGACGAAGAUAUUGGUUUGGCGUCCAGCCUAAUGAGUUGAAGCUGAAUGAGAUGGCGGAACCUCACAAGAAGAUCUGCUUUGUGUCUUCUGAGAGUCCAGAAUGUAGUAACAUGGAGGAUUGCGUCGUACAUGUGCAGGAGUUGCAGAAGAGAAACGUAGUGUUCAAGGGGUGGCCUGAAAUUCCGUUCAAUUUCAUUAUAACUGGAGACGGGAAUAUCUAUGAGGGAAGGGGGUGGCUAAAUAAAUAUAUAAACUUUGGCAAUGAAGCCAUGCAAGAGACAUUACAAAUAGCAUAUCUCGGAUACUUCAAAGACAAAGACCCAUCCCCACAGAUGGUUGACUUGGGGACGAAGCUCAUAGAGUACGGCAAACAGAGGAAGUUUAUUUCGGAGGAUUACACCUACAUGGAGUGUCCGUUGCAGGAGUAUUACCUAUUCCCCAAAGCUGGGUUGGAUGCCUAUUACAAUAGUCCGGAGUUUAAGGCGUUCCAGGCCACUAUGCCUCCCCCUCCACCUCCCAGACCCCCAAAACCAACCAAUCCCACGUGAUCUAAACGCAAACCAAGGUUGUAGUCGUUCGGAGAUUUUUUUAUACAUUUGA